AUGCCACCAGCCCAGUUGGAUCCACCACUACAAACGGAUCCACCACGCCGCACAACACGUGCAAAGCAGCGAAGUCAUUCCAAUCGCAAGAAUAAAAGGAAGAUGGAGAGAGAAGCUGCCAGGCUCGAAAGCAAGGGUCGAAAAGAAACGUACAAAGCCCGUUCCUCCACGGUGAAGAAGCAUAUCAAACCCGCCAACCCUUAUGAAACACAGUUUGACACCACAACCAUCCCCAUUGCCUCUUCGGGGUACGUUUCAGUCCCCGGGCGAAAAUCCUCCUCCACAUUCCCCCUCAAGAAGCUUGUGGGUCCUGAUUCGCGGUUUAAGAUGGAGAAAGUCGUUUGGGAUGGCAAGCACUCCAUUCCCAUUGUUGACAAAGACAGUCGAAUCUUUGGGCUUUGCGCGGGUGCUGACGCGUCUGACUGGAACGAAGUACAUCGGUCUGCUUCGAUUGCUUUGGAGGAUGCCCGCAGUCGACUGUCUUUGGGGAAAACGGACCGGAGGCAUAGGCGGGGACGCUUCGUUGCAUGA